UUUUUUUUUACAUACGCAUUAAAAACAAUGGUUGCCUCAAGACCCGGAUCCCCUUACACUGGAAGACCUGCCAGCUCUGGCUCAGUCCACACCAAGGUUGAAGAAGAAUUGCAUGAAGUUGCUGGUAUUGACUAUGAUAAGGUUACCAUCAAGCGUAAUCCCUCAGUUGCCGUCCUUUACGAAGAAGCUUUGACUUAUGAACAAGGUACCGUCAUUUCAUCUGCUGGUGCCCUCUGUGCCUACUCUGGUAAGAAGACUGGUCGUUCUCCCAAGGAUAAGCGUAUUGUCGAAGAAGAAACCUCUCAAAAGGAUGUCUGGUGGGGUCCUGUUAACACUCCUAUCAGUGAACGUGUCUUCUUGAUCAACCGUGAACGUGCCAUCGAUUACUUGAAUACCCGUCCUCGUCUCUACGUCUUUGACGGUUUCGCCGGUUGGGACCCCAAGUACCGUAAGAAGGUCCGUGUCGUUGCCUCUCGUGCUUAUCAUAUCUUGUUUAUGCGUAACAUGUUGAUUCGUCCUACUGAGGAAGAACUCGAAAACUUUGGCACUCCCGACUUCACCAUUUUCAACGCAGGUGAAUUCCCUGCUAACCGUUACACCACUGGCAUGACAUCUACUACCUCUGUCUCUGUCAACUUCAAGCGUAACGAAAUGGUCAUCCUCGGUACUGAAUAUGCUGGUGAAAUGAAGAAGGGUAUCUUCACUGUCAUGCACUACUUGAUGCCCAAAGCUGGUGUCUUGUCUCUCCACUCCUCUGCCAACGAAGGCCCCGAUGGUGAUGUUUCUCUCUUCUUUGGUCUUUCUGGUACUGGUAAGACCACUCUCUCUGCUGAUCCCAAGCGUCAAUUGAUUGGUGAUGACGAACACUGCUGGUCCGACGAUGGUAUUUUCAACAUUGAAGGUGGUUGUUAUGCCAAGUGUAUCGACUUAUCUGCCGAAAAGGAACCCGAUAUUUUCAACGCCAUUCGCUUCGGUGCUAUUCUCGAAAACGUUGUCUUGGACGAAGAAACCCGUGUGGUUGACUACUCUGAUGACUUCUUGACCGAAAACACUCGUUGUGCUUAUCCUAUCUACCACAUUCCCAACGCCAAGCUUCCCUGUAUGGGCGGUCACCCCAAGAACAUCAUCUUGCUCACCUGUGAUGCCUUUGGUGUUCUUCCUCCUGUCUCUAAAUUGACUGCUGAACAAGCCAUGUACCAUUUCAUUUCUGGUUAUACUACCAAGGUUCCCGGUACUGAAGAUGGUAUUGUUGAACCUCAAGCCACUUUCUCUGCCUGUUUCGGUGCUCCUUUCCUUGUUCUCCAUCCUCAACGCUAUGCUAGUAUGCUUGCUGAAAAGAUGUCCAAGCACAAGGCUGAUGCUUGGUUGAUCAACACUGGCUGGAUCGGUGGUUCUGCUGCUACAUCCAAGCGUUGUCCUCUCAAGUACACUCGUGCCAUCCUCGAUGCUAUCCACAGCGGUGAACUCGCCAAGGCUGAGUAUGAAACCCUCGAAAUCUUCAACUUGAGCAUCCCCAAGGCUGUCUCUGGCGUUCCUUCUGAACUCCUUAACCCCAAGACUGCCUGGAACGGUACUCCCGAACAAUUCAAAUCUUCCCUUCAGAAUGUCGCCAAGAUGUUUGUUGAAAACUUCAAGACAUACGAAGAUCAAGCCGCUCCUCAAACUUUGGCUGCUGGUCCCAAGAUCUAAAUUCCUUCAUAUACUCUUUCUCUUUUGCAUAACAUGAUGAAGUUUGUUUUUUCAUUAUUUAUUUUUCUGUAUCAUACUCUUAUUAACAUGACAUUGAAUAAAAAAAAAAUUUAUUUUUGUAUCAAGUGGU